GGUUGUACAGUAGGUUACCGUGCUACCUCGGGUGAGCAUAUAAGUUCUCUUGUGGUCUUACCUUGUUCUCCAUCACGCUCUGCCUGCGCGGAGACACAGACACAGAGAGAGAGGAAACUAUGGCGGCGACGGCGGCGGCGGCGGUGUCGCAAUGCUCAAUCGCCGGCACGGCGAAGCGGAAAAACCGACCACAUUUCACCACUCUAAGCAGCAGAAUACAGUUUGGAAGCAUCAAUUUCAGGCCUGGUAAGCAAUUGCUGUUAGCUCAUGCAGCUGCUGAUGGUGGUAGCAUGGGAAAUGGUGCUGCUGUUUCCAUCGCUCAGAACUCAUCUCCUUCUCCUCCGCAGCCUCCCGCUGCUAACUCUCGGACAAAACGUCAUACCAUCUCAGUAUUUGUUGGGGAUGAAAGUGGUAUAAUAAACCGAAUAGCUGGUGUCUUUGCUCGUCGAGGCUACAACAUUGAGUCUCUUGCUGUUGGGCUAAACCAGGACAAGGCACUUUUCACCAUUGUUGUCUGUGGAACAGAAAAGAUUUUGCAACAAGUUGUAGAACAACUUAACAAGCUUGUGAAUGUCUUAAAGGUAGAAGAUUUGUCGAGAGAACCACAAGUGGAACGUGAACUAAUGCUCAUAAAGCUCAAUGCAGAUUCCAAUACAAAAGGCGAAAUUAUGUGGUUGGUGGACAUCUUCAGGGGAAAGGUCGUGGACAUAUCAGAAAACACUUUGACCAUUGAGGUCACUGGAGACCCUGGGAAGAUGGUAGCUGUAUUGAGAAACCUCAGAAAGUUUGGUAUUAAAGAACUAGCAAGAACUGGGAAGAUUGCUCUGAGAAGGGAAAAGAUGGGCGAGACAGCUCCAUUUUGGAGGUUUUCUGCAGCUUCUUAUCCAGAUCUUGAAGGAACAAUACCCAUUGAGACUAUUCAGGCCAGUGCGAGUCAGAAAGUCAUUGAGAAGUACACUAAUGGCGACCUUAUUGCUUCCUCUGGGGGUGAUGUUUAUCCUGUGGAACCUGAUGAUGGCUUCUCUAAUCAAGUUCUUGAUGCCCACUGGGGAGUUCUCUAUGAUGAAGAUUCAAGUGGGCUUCAAUCACACACUUUAUCCUUGCUUGUCAACAAUUCUCCUGGAGUUUUAAACUUGGUCACUGGGGUCGUAUCACGAAGAGGGUAUAACAUUCAGAGUCUUGCUGUAGGUCCUGCAGAAACAGAAGGGAUUUCACGCAUAACGACUGUUGUCGCUGGAACAGAUGAAAGUAUUGGCAAAUUGGUUAAGCAAUUCUAUAAGUUGGUGGAUGUCUAUGAGGUUCAAGAUAUGACACACUUACCAUUUGCUGAGCGUGAACUAAUGCUGAUUAAGAUUGCUGCAAAUGCUGCUGCAAGAAGGGAUGUUCUUGACAUUGCCAGUAUUUUCCGGGCUAAACCUGUUGAUGUCUCUGAUCAUACAGUAACACUUGAGGUAACUGGAGAUUUCAAUAAAAUGCUUGCCCUCCAGAACCUGUUGGAGCCAUAUGGUAUUUGCGAGGUGGCACGGACAGGGAGGGUGGCACUGGUGCGGGAAUCAGGCGUAGAUUCCAGAUACCUCAGGGGUUAUUCUCUUUCCUUGUAGUAUUGCCCGGUAACAACUGCUCUAUUCCCAUGUUGUCUCAGGCUCUCUCACUCUCUCGCUAAUUUCUGCAAGCAAAACUGCUGAUGUUUGUACUGUAGAUUUGGCUGCGUGACUAGAAAGAGACGAUGUUCUUAUGUGCUUGUGACUGGUCAAUAUGAGGGAAUUGUUCUACAAUGUUACUGUUGUUGUAUUGCUGAUUGAUGCAAUGAGAUGGUCUACAAAUGUAAUGGAUGCCUUAGUUUUAUGAGUAAUGGUACUAUUGACUUCUCCUUGCCUUUCUCCUCC